AAUUCUAGCUGUUAAUGUACAACUUUCAUUGCAUUAGGUGGUUGUACCUUUUACCCUUCCCACUUCCCAGUAUAAUAUGAAAAGUAUAACAGAAAAUAAAGUCAAAAUGGCAUGGCAACAGCCAUUUUUACCUAAAGUAGUCAGUGUUUGCAAAGGUGUUGGAAAGUAACCACUAUUUACUGUGGAGAUAAAAUUUGAACAAAAGUACCCUAGCUGAAACAGUAAAAGUUGCAGCAUAUGGUGUCUCUUGCAUAUAAACUUAAAGCAUGUUAUGUUGGAACUCCUUUUGCUCCUUUGAACAUUAUUUCUUUGUAGGUUGAUUUUGAUGGUUAGAGUUACAUAAUUAACUAUAGUUGUUAACAUAUUCGGUAUUUCAAAAAUAAAAUUUAACAUUUCGAUGGUAUAUUUUGUUAGAGAAGAUAAUAAAGUAUAUGGAAGCUUCAAAUUCAAAGUUAUUGGUGCAUUAUGCAUGAGCUUAGUGCUUGUUAAUCAUUUGUUUGCAGGGAACUGUUAUUUUACAUUUUAAUCAAAACAAUUUGCUUAAUGCUAUCAUCUUAUUUUAUGAUACUUAGCUUUCUUAUGAGAUAAGGCACCUUGAGCCAGCUAGGAUUUCUACUUUAUGGACUCUGGAUUUUAGAACCAUGACUUCAAGUACUAAUAAUUGAGUUGUAAAUUUAAUAUCACAUUUUAAUGAAUUCUUAAUUUAAAUAUACUGUUUGAGCAAAAGUUAAUGGGUUAGACCGAACCGUAUCCCGGCUUCUAUCUCCGCCCCUUCCUUGACCAUCUAAUUAAAAAGAACAGGCGUGAAACAUGAAUUUAUAUCUGGGAAUAGUCAUAAGUGAUCUGUACUUGGAGUGGUUACUCGCAGUGGCGUAUGUAGGAGGAAUUACUGCACCUUUCAAUUACCGUUGGAGCUUGGAAGAAGCAAGAACAGCUCUUCAGGUAGCAAAGCCAACAAUGUUGGUCCACGACGCAACCUGUAAUUUCUGGAAGUUCGAGUCCUAUGAUGAUUCUGUGCCUUCUCUGAGGUGGAAAGUCCUAAUGGAUAAUCCUAGUGUGGUUAAUAGCACUAAGAUUGGAUUAACUACUAAACAGCUUAAACGAAGUUUUAAAAGGCAUUUAGUAGCAGACUGCCUGUGGGCACCUCAGGAAGCUGCUAUAAUAUGCUUUACCUCAGGAACCACCGGGAGGCCAAAGGGAGUUACCAUAAGCCAUUCAGCUUUGGUGGUGCAAUCCCUUGCAAAAAUUGCGAUUGUUGGUUACGGUGAGGAUGAUGUCUAUUUACACACUGCACCAUUGUGCCACAUUGGUGGUAUAUCAUCAGCCUUGGCCAUGUUAAUGGCAGGAGGUUGUCAUAUUCUACUACCAAAGUUUGAAGCUAAAUUGGCUAUUGAAUCCAUAGAGCAGCAUAAUGUUACUUCUUUUAUCACAGUUCCAGCUAUGAUGUCUGAUGUAAUCUCUUUUUAUAGGACAAAGCACAUAUCUCUAGGGUCCAAAUCUGUGAGGAAGAUUCUUAAUGGAGCUGGGGGUCUUUCAUCUGAUCUUAUCAAAAAUGCGAUUGAGAUUUUCCCAAGGGCUAAAAUUCUUUCAGCCUAUGGAAUGACCGAGGCAUGUUCUUCUCUAACUUUCAUGACUCUUUAUGACCCGACGAAAGAGAGUUGUGUCCAGAAUUCUUGUGCCAAUAGCUCCAAUUUGGCACAUAAACCAGAUGGUAUCUGUGUUGGAAAGCCUGCUCCACAUAUUGAAAUAAGGAUUGCUGGGGAUGAUUCAUCUUGUAUAGGGAGGAUUUUGACACGAGGACCCCAUGUAAUGCUUGGAUACUGGGGUCAAAUGCCAAGCAAGAAUUCUUCUCCAACUGAUGAAAGUUGGCUUGACACUGGUGAUAUAGGGCAUAUAGAUGAUUGUGGAAAUGUCUGGCUCAUUGGGCGUUUGAAGGGUCGAAUAAAGAGUGGGGGCGAGAAUGUUUAUCCGGAAGAGGUGGAAGCUGUCUUAUCCCAACAUCCAGGGAUAUCUGCUAGUGUUGUUAUUGGGCUUCCUGACUCUCGCUUGACCGAGAUGGUCAUUGCCUCUAUUAGGCUCAAAGACAAUUGGCAGUGGACAGAUUCCAGUUCUGAUCAUCCGGUUAACAAGAAGGAGCAUUGUCUUUCCAGCACUCUCCUCCAGAACUUCUGUAGAGCGAAAAAUUUGACGGGGUUCAAAAUACCCAAGAAUUUUGUAUUGUGGAAAAAUCAAUUUCCAGUGACAACAACAGGGAAAUUAAGAAGAGAUCAAGUCAGAGCAGAACUUAUGUCUUAUAAGCAGUUACAGCCCAGCAGACUGUGACUCCACCAAAUUCUCCUCUUGCAUUUGUUUUGAGCGACUAACUACAUGGUAAGAGAAUACAUAGAAACAAAUACUGGGAAUUAUUUGACAUGGUGCUUGGAAACUAUGCAGCUGUUCCUCAAUAAUAAAAAAAAAAUUAUGCAGCUGUUCCUCACAGCAAAUUAUCCAUUUAAUUCUCUAUCUCAGGUUAUUUAAUGUGUAUUAGUUAUUUCCCCAUUAAGUUGUAAUCGACGAGAUACUUUUUAUUUCAUUACUCAUAUGUACCCAUACAAAUUCUUCUUUAUUCUAUGUACCAUCAAGCUGCUUAACAUCCUGAUUCAUUGAAUCUGAAUGAUCGCGAAGUUGAAUAUCGUA